GGCCAGGGCUUCCGGUGCGCAGGCCACAGUGGCCCGGCUAGAGAUGGAGGAGUCGGAGGGGAGGUGAUUUUCUUCCUCUCCUUUUCCGCCGCCCCAGCUGCCUCUCCGGCUUCACUCACUGCCGCUUGUGCGAGGUGCGUCCGUCGUGCGGGACCGGGGUGGCUGCGGCCUCCAGACCGUCUUAUCCGCUCUCUAGGAGGUAGAAAAGUCAGAUGAAGUCAAAAGAGCGAUAGUGUGCUUGAAAAAGAGACAGACAUUGCUCUCCUGCUCUGCAGUUUGGCAGAGCACUAAGAUGUCUGUGGACAUGAACAGCCAGGGCUCUGACAGCAAUGAAGAGGACUAUGAUCCCAACUGUGAUGAGGAGGAAGAGGAUGAAGAACCUGGGGACAUUGAGGAUUACUAUGUGGGGGUAGCAAAUGACGUGGAGCAACAGGGAGCAGAUGCCUUUGAUCCUGAGGAAUAUCAGUUCACCUGCCUGACUUACAAGGAGUCCGAGAGUACCCUGAAUGAGCACAUGGUCAGCUUGGCCUCUGCAUUAAAGGUAUCACAUGCCGUUGCGAAGCUUGUCUUAGUUAGCUUUCAUUGGCAAAUCUCGGAAAUUUUGGAAAGGCACAAGUCCAAUUCUGUCCAGUUGCUAGUGGAAGCACGAGUUCAGCCUGCCUCAUCCAAACAUGCCAUGGUACAUUCCUCCCAGCACUGCGCAGUGUGUAUGCAGUUUGUCCGAAAGGAAAACCUGUUGUCCCUGGCUUGUCAGCACCAGUUCUGCCGCAGCUGUUGGGAGCAGCACUGUACAGUACUCGUCAAAGAUGGAGUCGGAGUUGGAGUCUCCUGCAUGGCUCAGGACUGUCUGCUCCGGACUCCAGAGGAUUUUGUGUUUCCAUUGCUACCAAGCGAGGAGCUGAAAGACAAAUACAGACGCUACCUCUUCAGGGACUACAUUGAGAGCCAUUUCCAGCUGCAGCUCUGUCCUGGCGCGGACUGCCCUAUGGUCAUACAGGUACAGGAGCCCAAAGCCCGCAGAGUGCAGUGCAAUCGCUGUAACGAAGUAUUCUGUUUCAAGUGUCGACAGAUGUACCACGCUCCUACAGAUUGUGCCACCAUCCGAAAAUGGCUCACUAAGUGUGCGGAUGACUCUGAAACGGCUAACUACAUCAGUGCUCACACUAAAGAUUGUCCCAAGUGCAAUAUCUGUAUUGAAAAGAAUGGUGGCUGCAAUCACAUGCAAUGUUCCAAAUGCAAGCAUGACUUCUGCUGGAUGUGUCUGGGGGACUGGAAGACUCACGGCAGCGAGUACUACGAAUGCAGUCGGUACAAAGAGAAUCCUGAUAUUGUAAACCAGAGUCAGCAAGCACAGGCCAGGGAGGCCCUUAAGAAGUACUUGUUCUAUUUUGAGAGGUGGGAAAACCACAACAAGAGCUUACAGUUGGAGGCACAGACAUACCAGCGAAUUCAAGAGAAGAUACAAGAAAGGGUGAUGAACAACUUGGGAACUUGGAUAGACUGGCAGUAUCUACAGAAUGCAGCAAAGCUACUAGCUAAGUGUCGUUACACGCUACAAUACACAUAUCCGUAUGCAUACUACAUGGAAUCUGGUCCCAGGAAGAAAUUGUUUGAAUACCAACAGGCUCAGCUGGAAGCAGAAAUUGAAAAUCUCUCAUGGAAAGUGGAGAGAGCAGACAGUUAUGACAGAGGGGACUUGGAGAAUCAGAUGCACAUAGCUGAGCAGAGGAGGAGGACCCUGCUGAAAGACUUCCAUGACACAUAAAGUAGCAGGAGCUGUCAGGGCGCAGGGGUGAGAGCAAAGAGUUAAGGUGGCGGUGACAGCGGCAACAGAAGCAACAUGAGGAACUGCUCACUGCCCCCUCCGCAGAGAAGGGCUGAGGACAACACUGCACCCUCCCCUUGCAAAACCAGACACGAGCUAGCACCACAGCUUAGUCUUCUGUUUUUCUUAUCUCUUUCUGCUUUUCAUUUUUGCCAGGCCAGAGGCUGGAGGUCAGAUUGGCACCUUUUCCUGGGACGCUUUCCUCCCCGACACUCGGAUUGUUCUGGGAAGGAAUUCUGUUUUAUUUUUUCCUGAAUGGCUGUUAAUAGUGUUAGAUCAUUACAAACUUAUGUAAUUUUCAACGGUUGUACCAUUAUACAAAACGAACCCUAGAAUAACACAACCCCCUUUUUAAAAAAUAAAUUGGAAUUGGAGUGUGUUUCCUUUUUAAUAAGCUGCUUGUAAACUUAAUGGCUGCUUCUCUUCCCCUUCCCACCUCACCCACCCACCUCUUUUGCACUGAAGGUUAUGAAAUAGUCCAGCUGUCUGUCUAUUGAUACCCCUUACGUGCACUUUUUGUAUUGCUUGCCCUAUGACUGCAUGAGAUGAACAGUGUCUAGGCCGGGAGACAUCAGUGGUGGCCACAGGUCAGCAUACAGUUGAGUGGCUCUCCUAUUCUUCUCUGGCUGUGCUGGGGUAGUAGGGCAAAGCUCAUGGCAGCAUGGGAAAUGGUUGCGAUCUUACUGUUCCAUCAACUUGAGGUUGUCUCCUGCAUGGAUUUAUUGCAUUGCCAUGUUUCUCUGAACUACUGUCUUCUGCCAAAACUAAACUACUUAAAGGGCUUAUAGGAGCACAACCUCGCUUCCCAUGAUACCAGGCAUUUGACUUUGCUUCAGGUCAGUAGAACAAGUCCAUGACUUGCAUAUCUGUGCAACUCAAUCAUGCACAACCUGAUCCUUUACAUGGCUGUAAGGCGAUCUAUCAAGCUUGAUCCCUCUUGCCCUGACAAGACCAGACUUCCCUAUUGUGUGUUGAGGGAAAGCUAUUUCACUUAACACGAUGGUUGAUAAAAAUCUUGGCAGCAUAAAACAAGUCCUUAGAAACAUGUGCCAAUGGUAAGCUUACACUGCUGUCCUAGAAAUUACUCCACUGCUGGCUGAAAAGUAACCAGCAAAAUUAGUGGGUGUGAUGCAUAAUAGCUAUUAAAGUUCAUGGGUGGCUUCUGUAUGUGUCUUAAUGUCAAAAUUUCCUCCAUACAUGUUAGAGGCUAGCUUUAAAAUAUGUGUAAACUGUUGUGUAAGGUGUAUGAAGUACAUACCCAGUUAUGUUGAUAAUCCACUUAGAGAGGAAGAUGGAACUGUUAGCUUUUUCCUGAAGCUGCUCUGUUUGCUGGUUUGAAUUGAGAACAACCUUGCCACUUUGUUUACAAAAGCAUGUUGCACUGAGCUUUUCUGUGUGCAUUUAUCAUGACCUCUGGAAGGUUGGAUGAGGAUUGUCUAGGAUCUUUAUUCUCUGCUUAUUACAUCUGCCUUUCUGGCCUUUCAGUAGGAACUGUAUUAUUAGAGUUGUGGAUUUUGCCCUAGCUCUUGUGGGGGGUUAUCUGCCAUGCCAACCUUGUCCCUUCAGCUGCUGCUGCUGCUACUACUACCUCAGGCACUCCAAGGAAAACCAUUAUACGCACCACCUGCUUGUUCCCUUAGUAAAUGACGCGAAAGACCUUUUUAAUAUUGCUGCCUCCCCACCUAGUAGCCAGUUAACCUCAGAUUAAGCAAGUUGGAGGGAAGGUACUUGGCUAAGGAUGAGUGCCUAGGAGAGGGAGAGUCUCCCCCACAUCUCCUCUUCCCUCCCUGCUCCCUUCACCCUUUCCCAUUCCAUUGGUCUCUUAUAGCUGAUACAGCAUGAUGACCUCUUCGGGCUUGCUCAUUUAACCCAUGUCCAUCUGCUGUAAGCGGAGAUCAUGUGAUUGUGUUCUGUUGGCUGUAGAUGUUUCAGUUUCUCUGCAUGAAGUCCACAUCUGGGCCUUGAUAUAUAGAAACAGUCCAAAUCUUUUAGCAAGUACAAAAAGUUCAGCGUGUGCGUGACUUUAGUUACCUACAGGAUAUGUUAGUAUUCAUUCUGUUAUUGGUUUGAUGAGAUGUAGUGCAUAAAAUGCUAGCACAGGAUUAUUUCAUUAACUCAGCUGCAGGUUGGAUAAAAACCAGCCUCUUGAUAAGGGAGAGCUUUUGACUUCCUAAUUUCUGCUGUAAAAUGCUGGCUUGACCUUGCUUGCUUACACAGUGUUCAGUCUUUGAAGGGGGUGAGCAUCUUUUUAUCUUUACAGUUAGACUGAGCAAUCUGUCUCAAUGAAUUUAACAGCAUUAAGGUAUACAUGAAUACUUGCAGGUGGUUGAAUUUGAUGGUAGCACAUUCACAAUUUUCAAUGUCAAAGUAAAGUUCUCUAAACUUGUAGCCACCACAGUUUGGCAAUCAGAUUACAUGGCUGGUGCCAACUUGAUACAGUGAGUUAAAAUGUCCUAUAUAAUCCAGUAUUGCAUCACAUACUAAGGACUACAGUCAGCAUUGUGCAAGCAGACUUCCGCUUGUGCAAGAAAACUUUCCCAAUCCUUUCCUCCCACUGCAGUGCCCCCAUGUGCCCCCUAAAAUUCAUUCUGGAGGGUCCCCAAUGUCCCAGAACAGAUUUUUGUAGAGGUGGGGUUUGCGUGGGGAGAGGGAAUUUGCUCUGCUGGUGGGUGCCAUUCUAUUGAUGAACGGACACAAUUGGAUUUCAUUGUAAUAGCUGCCACUGAGUUUGGUAUUGGUAGCGUUCAUAUAUGUAUAAACUAUUAUUUUUAGUUCCAGAGUUUACAUGUCAGCAGAUUUCUUUUUCUUUUAUCAGUCCAUCUUCCCUAUUCUAGAAUUAGAUAAUGCUCAGCUGUUGCCUGAAAGGUUUUGUCAUAGGGAAUAGGCUAUGCUCUAGAAUGUAUCCAUUCUGGAAAAAGAAAAGUGUUUUCAGUGUGAUCCUAGAGUAAAAAUCAUAUUUCCCCCUCCUUAGAAAAUGCAUGCAACUCCAUAAUUGGCAGGCUGGGAUGACAAGACUGCAAUUCAGAAUUAGUAGCAUCUGAGGCCAGUGUAUAGGUACAUUUCACUCAUUACAGGUUAACAUUCUACUAUGAGCUUCCUCUUCCUCUUUUUCUGCAAGGUUUGAGCUAAGCUGGCAGCUAUUUUCAUCCUUCACUCUGCUUUUUUAAACUUUUGGCUCAGCUCACCGUUGUCUCCAGUGCUUAUUUUAUUUUGGUUUGGUUUACAUUUAGUAUUACCUGCCACAGUUCGCUGAUAAAGAGAUUCAGAACAGCUAAGCCAAAACAAUUUUUGCACCAACUCCUGAUAGUGAAUACUAGAGUUGUUCAGGUUACACCAGAUUCUCAUGGCCAACAAAGUUCUGUGUAAUUCAAAAGCUUGUAUACAGACACAAAAAGAGGCUAUACAGAUAGAAGACUUUCUAACCAGUUUUAUGUAUGUGCUCUCCUAGCACUCUUUCCUCUCUAGCAGUGACCACAAGAAAUUAUGUUGACAACCUAAAACUGAAUGUAGGCUGUGUGCCAUGCUAGUGCUACAGGAAGAACAGAAUUACUUUCCCUAUUAUUGCACUGUCUCAAUUCAUUUAAAAUGUGUGAUUUUCCCUCCAAAAUCAGCUUCAUUUCUCAAUACCUUUUUCUAGGAAAGCUCUUAUGCGCUCACUCAAGUCUGGACUGUUCCAAGUUUUCAGGUAGUAGCUUCUGCUAUGGGAGCUUUUUUAUUAUGCAGAGUGCUACGUUAUCAUGGCUGCCUUUGCUCUGUCCCUCACUGAGGUAUGGGGGGGGGAAGCUAUCUCAAGAAACUGCCAACACUUUUCCGGCAUUAGGAGGGGAAGGGGCAAAGGAAAGAGCCCUUGAAGUUUUCCCCUCCUGAAAUUGUUUAUUUGAAAUAAAUUGUGAAUUUCUAAUUUUAAA